AUGAUGGCACCACAAGAUAUGGGCAUUACUGUUAUCAUUGGCAGAGUCGCCAUCAAAAACGACAUUAGUGUGUUUUACUUUGCUACUUUGGUACCGCUUCUUGUCUACUUCCGAGAGGAUGGACAGAUGGAGAAGCGCGAGUUCCUUGAGGAAUGGAAGGGAAUCCCUGAGCAGAAUGAGCAGCAGUUUACCAUUCAGAAUUUGCACAAUUUGAAUGCCGACGCUAUCUGCAAUAAGCUGCAGCUCAACAAUAUAUUCACUGUUGCUCGGCGACAAGUUGAUAAUCAGCAACUCCUCUACCAUUCUGUCAAAUAUACCAAUAAUCUGACGGUUUUGUCGGAGCUUAAAGUCAACUCAUCGAGCCCGUCGAUUACCCUUUCGUUGAAGUCGAAGAAUGUGAUGGCGAUUGCGAAUAUGAAUGAAGUGUUCCAGGCAAUUUUGAAUAAUUGA